UGGAAAACAUUUUUGUAUCUUGCAAAGGUAGUCUUGCCGGACUCUGGAAUUACCAUAUAUGCCGAUCAUUUUGAAAUGGGGGAACACCGUGCAAGUGGUGCUGUUGGAAUUAAUUGUGGUCCUCCAUUGCAUGCAUGCUCGUCCUGUGUGUUGCUCCUAUCUUGUCAGCUUUGUAGCACAAGUGGUGCUGCAAAUGCCCAAAGACUUGUCUGAACUGAGGGCCGCCGGCUGGAAUGACUGCUUCUGAAGCAUCUCUAUGAGUGGCUGAGACACACAGAGAGCAAGGCCACACAAGAGUCAUCUAUACUGGUUGCUUCAUGAUCUCCCAAGCAUUUCCCAGAGGAGUAGACGCCUGCCUGCCACAACUUCACAGGAGUAACCGCCUGCUGCCGCUGCUGCCUCUGCAACGGCGGAGCUGCUGCUCCUGUUCGGUGUCCACGUGCCAGUCAUCAGAGCUUCAGUGCGCUUGCGGCGUGCCACGUGUUGUGCUGUGUGAGUUUCUUCCAAACCUUCCAAUGGCGGAGCUGGUGGCCACCACUGCGAUUCGGCCACUGGUGUCCAUGCUGAUGAACAAGGCGUCCAGCUACCUCCUGGACCAAUACAAUGUGAUGGAGGGAUUGGAGAAGCAACACAAAAUUCUCAAACGCAAGCUUCCGGCCAUCCUUGAUGUCAUCACUGACGCCGAGGAGCAGGCGACGGCCCACAGAGAAGGGGCGAAAGCCUGGCUCCAGGAGCUCAAGACCGUGGCAUAUGAGGCAAAUGAAGUCUUUGACGAAUUCAAGUACGAAGCACUCCGCCGUGAAGCCAAGAAGAAGGGGCACUACACUAAGCUUGGCUUCGAUGUGAUAAAAUUCUUCCCUACUCACAACCGCAUUGUGUUCCGUUACAAAAUGGGUCGCAAGCUUUGUCGGAUUCUACAGGCUGUUGAGGUCCUCAUAACAGAGAUGCAUGCCUUUAGGUUCAAGUACCGGCCACAGCCGGUGGUGUUCAAAGAGUGGAGGCAGAGCGAUUAUAUUAUCACUGACCCAAAAGAAAUUGCCAGCAGGUCCAGAGACAAAGAUAAGGUGAAAGUUAUUGGUACACUACUUCGGCAAGCUAAUAAUGCAGAUCUCGCAGUUGUUGCCAUUGUUGGAAUGGGGGGCCUUGGCAAGACCACAUUAGCACAGCUCAUAUACAAUGAACCUGGAAUUCAGAAGCAUUUCCAUUUGUUGUUGUGGGUAUGUGUCUCUGAUACCUUUGAUGUUAACUCCCUUGCCAACAGUAUAGUUGACGCAUCUCCUAAGAAAAAUGAUGACGCAAACAGACCAUCAUUGGAGAGACUUCAGAAAUUGGUGAGCGGGCAGAGGUAUCUCAUUGUAUUAGAUGAUGUCUGGAACAGAGAGGCCCCUAAGUGGGAAAGGCUGAAGGACCAUCUUAAGCAUGGUGGCAUGGGUAGUGCGGUGCUGACAACAACUCGUGAUAAAGGAGUUGCUGAAAUUAUGGGUGCAGAUACCCACCUUCUCGGUAGUUUGGAGAAUAGAUUCUUAAAGGAAAUUACUGAGGCUGGAGCAUUCAGUUUGAGGAAAAAAAGCCUGCUGAGCUAGCCAAGAUGGUUCAUCAGAUUGUGAUCAGA